UCUUUACUUAUUAGUAUGAUUUAGAAGACGGUCAGAUCACAUUUUAGGAGCCCUUCAUGCAGAAAUCCAGAGUAUUCUAACGUCUGUAGCUGCCGUUCCAUCCUCUGCUUGCCAGGGGUUGAGAAGGCAGGCGCAGGUCUGAACAAGUGUCUCCUUUAGAACUCCCACUCCCCUUGUACAUAGAUGCUGGGAAUUCUGGACAGAGGCGCUUGGAACAGGAUGAGAGGAGCCCUUGAAAUAGAACCCUUGCCCACCCCCCACACACUCACACAUGCAGCGAGGCCUGGAAUGGUUCACAUUGUCCACAUGUCAGCCACGCAGCUGUGGAGGGGGCCAAAGGGGCAGCCAUCUUUCCGCACCUAGUUAGACUGUCCACAGUGUCCACCUGUACUGGAACGUGUGGAACCAGUGAAAGCGUGUGCUGCUUGAAGCCCUUUCCCUGAGUUUGUGUUUUGCGCUCACACACUCAGCAAUUAUCAAAGUUCACAACAUCAAGGUUAACACCAUCUCCAGAACAACUUUUCUUUUCUCCCAAUAAAUUGAAUCAUUAAUCAUCCACUCUUUUGGCUCUGUGCUCAAUCCCUCAUCCAAAAUGUUUUUACAUGGUGCAUUGUCUUGUCUUUCAUUGUUAGGGGGAGUGUCACCUGCGCUACCACUUGCAUUUUGCUUCUGUCUGGCUGCAUGGUUCAACCCGCAUCCAGUACAAGUCACUGGGUUGGCAGCCUCUUGUGUGGUUUAGUGCAGAGAACCUUGAGCCUCUUAUCGGAUCUCGCAUCACAUCCUGUACACACUGCCGCUCUAUCUCCAGAGAUGCUGCUGGUGUGAACCACCUGAAAAGUGUCUGCCCUUCGAGGUGUAAUAGUCUGGAGUCUUGCUGUGAGCUGGCGCAGUUGCUUGAUUUUUCUUGAAAGUCUCGGGCUGAAAAUGGGAUGAAAUUGUCCUGCAGGUUUUAGUAAAAUAUGACAAAGUCUGUUGACAGGCAUAGAAUGGCCUGCUGGAAUUUUAGUGAAACUCCCACAGGGAGUCCUCAGGUUCUAAUGAACUGUACUGGUGACUCACCAAACGUCCACUGGAAAACAGAUGUGCUCUAUUUCUCUUUCGUCUCUACAGAGACUUAGAUUUUUCUCUAACGUCCUCUUUAUUGAAGCUUCUUUAACAUUUUUCUGCUCAUCGUACUGCCCACCCCAGUAGUAGAAGGUGACGUGAAAAACUGUAGACUGCAUGAGACGAUGAGAACAGUUUUAACUUUGGCUUCUCUCUCAUCCCUUCAGCGUGCUUUUGAAACAAGAGCUGAGCCCGUCUCUCAUCUCCCCACCUGCUCCAGCUUCUGGCGGGUCGCAGGGACAAAACAAAAUGCCACAGCAGAAGGAAGAGUGUAGUUUAGCUCCCCCUGGUGUCGCCUGAAUCGAGCCCUUGAGAUUCACAGGCUGUGAAUUGUCCCCGUCUCCCGAACAUAAAUAUCACCAUAGCUGCUGGAGACCAAGACCAUCAGGCCUUUCAGCUUUUCCUUCAACACAAGUGACUACCGCAUCCUCCUCAUGGACCAGGACCAGGGCCGCCUGUACCUUGGCAGUCGCGAGUACUUGGUGGCUCUAGACAUGCAAAAUGUCAACAAGGAGCCCCUCAUUAUCCAUUGGCCUGCCACUUCCCAGAGAAAGGGGGAGUGUAGAAUGACAGGAAAAGGGGAGCAGGGAGAGUGUGCCAACUUUGUGCGUCUGAUCGAGCCAUGGAACCGAACACAUCUGUAUACCUGCGGCACUGGGGCCUACAGACCUAUCUGCACCUUCAUCAACCGGGGCUGGAAAGCUGAGGAUUAUGUCUUCAGGCUGGUUCCUGGGUAUGUGGAUUCAGGCAAGGGAAAGUGCUCCUAUGACCCCAAUCAGGAAAACAUAGCCACCCUUAUCAAUGGGAAUUUGUAUGCAGGGGUUCAUGUUGACUUCAUGGGAACAGACCCAGCUGUGUUCAAGACCAUGGGUGAUACACCAGCAAUCAGAACGGAGCAAUAUGACUCCAGAUGGCUCAAUGAGCCAGUAUUCAUUCAGAUCCGGCAGAUUCGAGACAGCUCAGAGAGGAACGAUGACAAGCUCUACUUCUUCUUCCGUGAGAAGAAUCUGGACGCAGUGGGCGGAGCUAGCCCCAGCGUUCUUUCCAGGGUGGGACGCAUCUGCCUGAAUGAUGAUGGGGGUCAGAAAUCACUGGUGAAUAAAUGGACCACUUUUCUGAAGGCACGGUUGGUUUGCUCCGUAAUUGGAGAGGAUGGUGUGGAGACCUACUUCGACGAACUCAGAGAUGUUUUUAUUCAGCCCACUCACGAUGAACGCAAUCCUGUAAUUUAUGCCGUCUUCACUAUUGCCGGCUCCGUGUUCAAAGGCUCGGCAGUUUGUGUGUACUCCAUGGCCGACAUCCGAAACGUUUUCAACGGCCCGUUCUCGCACAAGCACGGUCACAACUACCAGUGGACCCCCUAUUCUGGCAAGAUCCCAUACCCUCGCCCUGGCACUUGUCCUGGAGGCACCUUCACCCCAGGGCUGCGCUCCACAAAGGAGUUUUCUGAUGAGGCCAUUAAUUUUGUGCGUACACACCCCCUCAUGUACCACGCUGUGUACCCGCUUCACAAGCGCCCCCUCGUGGUGCGCACAGGGGUGGACUACCGCUUCACUACCAUCGCAGUGGACCUGGUGGAUGCAGUGGAUGGGCGCUACGAGGUUCUUUUCCUGGGAACUGAUCGUGGAACAGUUCAAAAGGUGAUAGUUCUUCCAAAAGAUCCAAGCACCAUGGAAGAGCUCAUUUUGGAAGAAGUGGAGGUUUUCAGGAUUCCAACUCCAGUUAAAACGAUGAAGAUAUCAUCUAAAAGGCAACAGCUGUACGUUUCAUCGGAGGCAGGGCUCACACAGGUGUCCCUGCACAGGUGUGCUGUCUAUGGCAAGGCCUGCUCUGACUGCUGCCUGGCCCGGGACCCAUACUGCGCUUGGGAUGGGGACACCUGUGCCCCCUUCACACCAGCCACUAAGCGGCGGAGCAGAAGGCAAGAUAUCAAACACGGAGACCCCUUGCGCCAGUGCCGAGGCUACAACGCCAAAGUUGAGAAUCGCCUGAAGGAAACGGUUCAGUUUGGCGUUGAAGGCAGCAGUGCAUUUUUGGAAUGUCGGCCCAGAUCUCCACAGGCAACUGUGAAGUGGCUUUUUCAAAAGGACAUGAAGAGCAAGAGGAAAGCGCUCCACCGGGACAGAGAGAUCCUGAGGACGGCCCAGGGCAUCCUGCUGAAGUCGGUUAGCCAGGCUGACGGUGGGCUCUACCACUGCCUGGCCACUGAGAAUAAGUUUAAACACACGGUGGCCCGGGUGGCCCUGCGAGUCCUGAACCGUGAGAUCGUGGAAGCUCUCACCUCCCCCGACAGCCCCGUUGACCACCAGCACCCGUAUCCCCCACCCCCACCGCCCCCUCCUCCCCAGACUCCCUCGCCAAAGCUGGAGCUCCAGUUCAUGGACCACUACUGCCAGUCAUACUGGCAGCAGCCCAGGCGCACUAGUAGGAGGCAUGUGGAGGACCAGACACUGAAGCACAGUCACUAAAACCCAUUCCAGCCUGGUGCUCUAACCUGUGCCCUUCUGUGGAAUUGACUUAAUUAUCUGACUGACUGAGCCCAGUCUCGAUGGGGCACAUCUGGAGAUGGCCUCGCCGUGGCUCCGUCCAGCAUUCGUAAAGGCCACCGAAUCACACUGGACGCACCUUCUGCAGGUCUGUUUACACUGUGUGCAUUUAUAAGUUCCUCUAGCCUUUCUAACACGUUUUUUAAUCCUUCAUUAGGGUCAAUUCUUCAGUCACACUCCGAUUGUAUAUUCAGCCAAGGCAUCAAAGUGCUUUUCUGUACGCGCCGUCCCUUUUUUUUUUUUUUAAAUAUUUCUGUUCUUAUUUGCACAAUAGACAACGCAUAAUACUGACCAAGCAACCAAGAAACUGAAGAUGCAUUUUUUAGGAUAACCACUGAUAGCAUCGAAGACCAUCAAAUGACUUUAUCAACCAAAUAAAUAAAUACAAGAAAAAUGUGGUAGAUGUACUCAUGUUACAGAUUUAUAGCAUUAUAGUGGUGUGCAAUAUAACAACAUGUUAAUUUGUGCAGUCACCGUAAAUGUGUUUCUUCUUAUAAACACAAAUAACCGGCAUUCUACAAAACAUUUGCUGUAGAUCUUCCCAGAUGAUUUUUGAAUAUUCAUAGUAACUAAUUAGUGCAUGAACCUGCUUAAAUAUUUGGGUAGAAGUUGUGACACUGUGGUAGGAAUAAUGUUUUACCUAGAGGUGACACCAUAAAUAUGCAUGGUUGUAAAAUCACUCGUAUUACACAUGUGUGACUAUCUUUAGCAGAAAUCUGCUUUCUCUCAAUGUUUCAUAAUUCCUGUGACUGUUAGAGCAUUGUCUUCUAAUAUGGAGGAAGUUUUAAGCUGAAGUUGUGUUUCCCAUUAUGUGUCAGUUUUAAAGCUGGAGAAACAAAGGUGCACCUGUUGAACAAGAGUUAAUAUAUAGAUUGAAAGUAUAGGACCAAAAUAUCUUAGACUGUAUGUGAGACCUCUGAAAUCAUGCUUUGUGUGUGCUUUCUCACAAGGGUAGAAUAAAGACUUUCAUUUUAUGCAAAA